CCAUUAAUUAUAAUCCACAUAAUAAUUCACAUUUCCUGUUGCUAAUAAUUCACAUUUCCUGUUCACAUUUUCUGGAAGUUUGAAGUAAUGUAACUCUUAUAUUUGCCCCUCUCAUUCUUAUCAAAUGCCUUACCAAUUUAAAACUAAAUCAAGUUUUGAAUUAUUGAUUAAAAACAUUAAGCACUACAUUUUUAUUUAGCAUUUAUUUUGACAGGGAGUCGAUGUUGAGACCAAAGGUCUAUUUAACAGAUGAGCCUUGUAUAGCAGCACAACAAUACACAUCAAAAUACAAUAUGCACCUUAAAUGACACAUUAAAAUAGACGUUAUUACACACAACAAUACGCGUUAAGCAAACACAAUCAUCAACAGACACAUUCUUCAGUGAAAAGGUCCCCUAACAACCUAGAGGCACCAGUUCCUCCCAUUCUAAAGGGUAUUCUAGAUCAUUCCACACGUAAGGUGCAACAAAACUAGAAGCAGGUCUACCCAAUCCAAAGGUUCUCAUGCUAUUUGUUGGUCAGGGAUGUUCCAUCAGGUUUCAGUAGCAUAUUAAAGACACUGAUUGUAAAUGUCAGAAUUCAUUUGUUUCAUAAAUAGUACAAAAUAUCUUUGUUGUGCCUAAUCUGUUUGCCUGGCUAGAGCAUUGUCUUCUACAGAAUACUGUUGAACUUCCAGCUCUGUACUGAAAGGUCUAUGGCUAGUGUCCUUGAGUGUCAACUCAAACACAUUGAAAGGGCAUUUGAUACUUCACAUACAAUUUCUUGAGAUGUAUUAAAUGACAUAGUUUUCAUGAUGUUUAAAAGAUUUUUCGAAUGUCUUUGAAAAUCAAAUGAAGUGCUUUUAUUGUUUAGAAUUGUGUCCUCUUUCAAUUUGUGCUCUCUGUAUUGUAUAAAUCAUAUAUAUAUAUAUAUAGUUUGUACUGUACCUAAUAUAACAAAGCAAUGAAAGGUAUAUAUGCACUUUGCAAUACUGUAACCGUUGUUUUCCCUGUUCUGUUCGGUAUCCUAUGUAAUAGUAAGAUGGAAAAAAACGCUGAAGAAUGCUGUCGAUAUCUAAACUUCUUAGAUGGGAAGAAAAGUACACAUAUCUAUUUUUAAUUAACUCCCUAUAUUAAUUGACAUGCCUACAUUGCUACACAGCAAAUGUACUGCAAGGUGUUUCAGUGGAAUUUGACUUAGUUCUAUUUCAAAUACAUGUCAUAAAAAUGUUUACUCUUAUUUCCACUCAUGUCUAACUUAACUGGCCGUCUGUAAAUACGUUGUAUAAACAUUGUUAAACUUUACUAAAAGACAACGACUCAUCCAUCAAAAUAAUUCAGAACACACAAACUACUUUAAUAUGUACUGGCUGUAAGCACUGUGGGAGGUGAGUUAGGGGAAGUUGUAUUGAUAUCAAGACUGACAAGCCACCCCAGUCAACCAGUUCCUUAACAACCCUUGAGUAGAGCGGACAGACUACCCAGAGGACAGACAUAUAGACAGAGACCAACAGAGACAGUGAGAGGGACAGAAUAUGCUCUUCCUAGCCCUUUUCCUGGGCAUCAUGCUCUGCACAGCACAAGAGCGAAGUCCUCCAGUAAUCAGGCUGAACUCUGUGUUGCUGAGGGAGGCUGAGAGGACUUUGCUUUUAGGAACGUCAUUCACCUUGACCUGUGAGGGGGACAGCACCGCCACCUGGUCUACCACAGCGUUCAAAAGGAGGAACUCUAAACAGGGGAGUAUGAUUACCACCAAGUACCUUACAGCAGACUACACUGGCACAUACAAGUGUGUGUAUGACAACCAACCAGACCUGUUCUCAGAGGUCCACAUCUAUGUGAAAGAUCCCAAUAACGUCCUGGUAACCCCCCGCAACAUGAGAGAUGUUGAGGAGGGCGUGGAUCUUCUCCUCUGUCAGCUGACAGACCCCAGUGCCACAGACAUGUCCCUCCAUAUGGCCAACGGAGACCCAACACCCCCCGACAUGAACUACACUGUCAAUCCCAGGAGAGGGAUCCUCAUCAGACACCUUCUGACCAGCCACAGUGCAAACUACAUAUGCAGCGCCAAGAUCAAUGGGGUCACAACACGCUCCAAAGACAUCACUAUCAAUGUCGUUCAAAGGUUGCGUUGGCCACCGUCUGUGUUCAUUGAGGUAGAUGGGUAUGUUCGUAUUGUUGGAGAGGAGCUCCUCAUCCCCUGCAUCACCAGUAACCCUAACCACUUCUACAACGUCACCUGGAAACACUCCUCCCUCAAAACAUUGAACGUCUUUCAAAAAGUAAUACAGGACAAGCAGGUCCACAUCACCAGUACUGUGACUAUCCCGGCUGUGACCAUGUCUGACACAGGAAACUUCACCUGUACAGCCAUCAAUGAGGCUGGGGCCAACAGGUCCACCACCUACCUGGAGGUCGUAGAUGAGCCUUACAUUAGGUUCAUACCCCGCCUGUCACCCAAUCUAUACCAAAAUGGCUCCUUAGUCAAUGUGAAAGAAGGGGAGAACCUUGAGAUAAAUAUUCUGAUCGAGGCCUAUCCCCAAAUCAAGAAGCAUUGGUGGGACGUGCCCAUGUCUCACAGUCACAACAUCUCCACUCAUGGCGACAAAUGGACCGCCCAAGACAAUAACAGGUACGAGAGCAGCCUGCUGCUACACAGAGUCAGGUCUGAGGAGAGGGGCCAGUACACCCUCCACACCAGGAGCACGCGCCUCAACAGCUCCAUCACCUUCAAUAUCCAAGUCUACCAGAAACCCAGUGCGAUGCUCAACCUGAAGAAUUCUACCACCCUGAUCUGCACUUCCUCUGGAUACCCAGCUCCCACAAUCCUCUGGUACCAGUGCCCAGGAAUACAAAGCACGUGUGAUGGGGACAAUGACACCGUGGAGGUGCAGCCUCUCUUCAACAGCACCAUGGAGGUGCAGAGUGAGCUGACCCUCAGUCCCUCAACUGAGGAGUUCACAGUGGAGUGUGUCGCCUUUAACUUUGCUGGCAAAAAUCGGGACAUCUUCAUAUCGCAUGUCGUUGCUGCCACUUCAAAAACAUUUGUAAUGUCCGAGCUGUUCACCCCCACUCUCAUUGGAGCCACCAGCACAUCAGCCCUUCUGUUCCUUCUGCUUGUCAUCGUCCUGUACAAAUACAAGCAGAAACCCAAAUAUGAAGUCCGGUGGAAGAUCAUCGAGGCCAAUGAUGGGAAUAACUACACCUUUAUUGAUCCUACUCAACUUCCUUAUAACAAGAAGUGGGAGUUCCCCCGUGACAAGCUGAGGCUUGGCCAGAUUCUGGGAGCAGGGGCUUUUGGGAAAGUUGUGGAGGCCACUGCCUAUGGUCUGGGGACAGAUGACAACAUGACCACCCGUGUGGCAGUAAAGAUGCUCAAGCCAAGCGCCCACUCAGAGGAGAGAGAAGCUCUGAUGUCAGAACUGAAGAUCCUCAGUCACCUGGGAUGUCAUGACAACAUUGUUAACCUGUUGGGGGCGUGUACUCAAGGAGGCCCAAUGCUGAUGAUCACAGAGUACUGUAGCCAUGGCGACCUGCUGAACUUCCUGCGUGGCAAGGCCAAGCUGUUCCUAGACUCCAUCCUGAGUGGACCAGAGGUUCCAGGGGAUAGUGAUCACUACAAGAACACAUGUAGCCAGGAAGCCCGUGUCAGGAGUGACAGUGGGAUCUCCUGCUCCAGCUCAGACAACUACCAGGACAUGCAUCCAGCGCAGAGGCCCAAAUACUGCCCUAUGGGUUCUUUAUGUGAGGAUCCAGAGACAGACACCUGGUCGCUGGACAUAGAAGACUUGUUGAGGGUCUCCUAUCAGGUGGCUCAGGGAAUGGACUUCCUUGCAUCCAAAAACUGCAUUCACAGGGACGUGGCCGCUAGGAACGUCCUAUUGACCGGUGGCCACGUGGCUAAGAUCUGCGACUUUGGGCUCGCUCGAGACAUCGAGAAUGACUCCAACUACGUGGUGAAAGGAAAUGCCCGUCUGCCAGUGAAGUGGAUGGCCCCCGAGAGCAUCUUUGACUGUGUGUACACAGUGCAGAGUGAUGUCUGGUCCUAUGGGAUACUGCUGUGGGAGGUCUUCUCUCUGGGUAAGAGCCCAUAUCCUAAUAUUGUGGUGGACACCCGGUUUUACAAGAUGAUCAAAGAUGGAUGCCACAUGUCACAGCCGGACUUUGCCCCUCCAGAGAUAUACACCAUCAUGAAGAUGUGUUGGAACAUGGAACCAACAGUGCGUCCAACCUUCAGUACCAUUGGUCAGCUUAUCCAGAGUCUACUGCCUGACCAGCCAGACCAGACCUACAGGAAUGUGCAGAAUAAGACGCCACAGCAGGAGUCAGGAGAGCAGAGUGACCAAGCUAAGAUUAGUGAGGAUUGUGAUCAGACACUGAACCACGAAGAAGAGGAACAGCCCCUGAUGAUGAGGAAUAACAACUACCAGUUCUGCUGAGAGCACAUCAGGCCGUCCUCCAUUACUAUACGUUCAUAGAUGACUGUCUGCCGGUCAGAGCCAAGAGUUGGAUGGACUACACACACCAAAUGAUCCGAAUGUCUUGACUCUCACUGUACACAACAUGGUUUUAGUGUCAUACAGUACCUUUUUUACGAAGUGCAAAGUCAAGUUCCAGUCAGCAACAACCGUUUUAAAAGGAACUAAGCAUGUAUGCCUUAAACAUUUUAUGUACAGAAAAUGACCAUAACCCCGGACAUUAUUCUACCCAUUUAACUUUUUUUAAAUAUUUACGCAGAUCAAGAUAUUUCACAAACUCUGAUCGGACUGUGACAACUUAAUGCCAGGUAGCUAUGCAUGGGUAAAAAAUCCCUAGGGGAACCCAAGUCAGGGAGAAACAAACAACCUGUUACAACCUGUGUGUUGUGAUAAUUGCAUGAUUUGCUCUAUAACCUGUUAGUUCAUAUGCCUUGACACCGUGAUAUAUAGGUCUGAGGCCGAGACAAUAAGAAGAUACAGUGAUAUAUAUAUAGGUCUGAGGCCGA